AGAUCAAGCCGGGCCGAGCCCCGGGACUUCCCGGAGCCGCGCGUUCGCCAUGUCCGCGCGGCCCAACAAGAAGCGGCGGGUUGCGGACAAGAAGGCCACCGCCGACGCGGUGUCCGGCAAGCUGAAGGCCGCCGCACAGGCGGCGCUGGCCAUCGACGGCCAAGCUUUGGUGCAGUUUGUGGACCCAGAGGGGAAGAGCGCGGGGCCGCAGCUGGAUGUACCUUUGGGCACCUCCAAAGAGCAGCUGGGCACGCUUCUGAACCAGCUUCUGGAGAAUGCUGAGGAGAUGCCAUACAGUUUCCACCUCGAGGACAAUGAGAUUACCUCGAACUUGGCAGCUUCUUUCAGCAAGCUGGCCAAAGGCAGCCAGUCUACGGAGCGCGUGCUGAACAUCACCUACUACCCUUUGGCAGUUUUUCGGGUGCGCCCGGUCACACGAUGCACAUCCUCCCUGAGCGGUCACAUAGAGGCGGUGCUCUGCGUGAGCUUCUCCCCGGACUCCACGAAGCUGGCGAGCGGCAGCGGGGACUCCACGGUGCGCUUGUGGGAUCUCAACACGGAGCUGCCGAAGCACACCUGCAAAGGCCAUUUGAACUGGGUCUUGGCGGUGGCCUGGUCACCCGAUGGCUCCAGGUUAGCUUCAGCGGGUAUGGACAAGAUCGUGCUGGUGUGGUGCACUUCUUCAGGGAAGAACAUCGGGGCUCUGAAGGGCCACUCCCAGCCGGUGACCUGCGCCACCUGGCAGCCGCUGCACGUGGCGGAGGCCUUCCCCUGGCUGGCGACCAGCUCCAAGGACACCACGGUGCGGAUCUGGGACACCACCGCUGGGGCCUGCCUCAGGACUCUCAGCUCCCACGCGCAGCCCGUGAUGCAGGUGCGCUGGUCCGGGGAGAAGGAGGACACGGGUGGCGUGAUCUACACUGCCGGCAGGGACUGCGUCAUCAAGGUGUGGAACCCAAAGGACGGCUCCAUGCUGAACGAGCUCAAGGGCCACGGGCACUGGAUCAACACGCUGGCGCUGAACUUGGACUACGUCAUCCGCUCGGGGCCCUUUUCCCACGAGCCCCAGAAGUUCGCAGACCUCGCCGAAAAGAAGGAGGCCGCGAAGAAGCGCUACGCGGAAGCUCUGGAGCUGUGCGGGGGCGAGCGGUUGCUUUCUGGGUCUGACGAUUUCACGCUGUUCCUGUGGAAGCCCUUAGCUUCAAAGCACCCAGUCUGCCGCAUGACGGGCCACCAGAAGAUUGUGAACCAAGUAGCCUUCUCCCCGGACGGCCGGUGGUUCGCCUCCGCCUCCUUCGACAAGUCGGUGCGACUGUGGGACGGACGCACGGGGAAGUAUGUGCAUGCCUUCCGCGGCCAUGUCGGUGAUGUCUACCAGCUGGCGUGGUCCGCGGACAGCCGGCUGCUGGUCAGCGUGUCGAAGGACUCCACGGCCAAGUGCUGGGACAUCGCGCGGCGGAAGCUUCUGGAAGACUUGCCCGGCCACGCGGACGAGGUCUUCGCAGUGGACUGGAGCCUCGACGGCACCCGCGUGGCCACCGGCUCCAAGGAUCGCCUACUGAAGAUCUGGCGCCACUAGCGGCCCAGCUGGUCUCCUUCUGGGGCUGUUGGGGGGGGG